AUGGAUCACUAUCAAAAUGAAUCAUUUGAAUCAUUUACUGCAACACCAGCAAAACCUUCUACUAAUAAUUCCAAAAAAACACGGGAAUAUUUUCGUGGACUUAGAAAUCAAGCAUAUGCGCAGCCAAGUUUUUUACAAAACAAGUCUCCAACUCAAAAAAAUCAUACAGAGUUGGAAAUAUACCUUGCAGAACCGGUUGACGAAGAGAAUGAUGAUCCAAUGAAGCUUAAAGAAAGAAACAAACAAGAACAAAGAUUCUCCUCCUUAUCAAAGUUUAAAGAUGCAUUUCUAGAAUUGACUAUAUUUAUAUCAGAAACUUUGUACAAUCACGAAUUCAUGGAUAAUAUACAACCUGGGUCAUUUUUUGAUGAACCAAAUAUAUACUUAUAG